CCCGCCCACCCUCACCCCCACCUUCCCCCCCUCCAAUCUCUUCACUCUACCCUCCCUCCCCUCCACCUUCCUCCCCUCCACCUUCCCUCCCCUCCAUUCUACCCGCUACUGCACCCGCCCCACACCGCCACCCUUCACGCCCCUCUCCACCUGGCCGCCCCUCCACUCUCCCCUGCUCCUCCCUCCCCCCACCUCCACCUGCCCUCCCCAUAUUCCUCCCGCAUGCAUCCACACUAUCCAACUCUUCCUUCGCCUGUUGCUUGUUCCUUGUACCCGCACGCAUCCACGCUAUGCGCCUCCCGUAUAUUUCUUCCUAUACCACUUAACACAUCCACACCACCCACUUCUCGCAUCCACACCGCCCGCCUCUGUACUCACCCGCACCCACACCGCCCGCUUCCACACCCACACCCGCUCGCACCCACACCCGCCCGCCUCUUCCUUGUCCCUCACACCAGCGCAUCCACACUCACCACACUCACGCCCACACCAGCUUUGGUCCUCCCCCGCCCACAGCGCAUCCUGAGCAUGGUCACGUUAUCGAAAGACAUAUCAGAAGUGGACAUGUUACCCGAAGACAUGAUAGAGGCGAACCUGUCAACGGAAGACAUGACAGAGCAUGGGCAUGUCAUUCGCAAGACUUUAUCAGAGGUAGACAUGUGA